CGGAUAAAAAAAAAAUGGAGUUGAAUAAAACCGUUCGGAUCAUCGCGAUCGUUACGGUUUCUACGUUGGUCACCAUCUUCACGCCUGUGGAAUCCAAAUGGGUGCCGCUCAGCGAUUCCUUCGUCGCGAGAUCUCUACUCCGUGUGUUUCCACCUUCGAAUCCUCUCUCCGAGUCAGAGUCUCCAUCUCCAGCACCAGCUCCGGGACCAGUAAGUAUUCCGGUAAGUCCGUCGACGGAUAUUGAAAUCGGAUCUCCCGCCGAUUCCAUUUCCCCUUCGAAUCCUCCGACGGCGGAGAUAGAUAUGGACUCUCCCGCGCCGUCACCAGAGGCUGCCGCCGAUUUGGUUUCCCAAACAGCUAAAUCUGCAAAAACGCUUAUGAAUUCGCCUAAAAACCUCUUGAAUAGUCAGCCAUUGUUAUCUCCUGAGAUCAAAACCAUUUGCGGCAAAACCGAUUUCCCUCCCUUAUGCGAAUCUGCCAUUACUCCUCUCUUAACGGCUCAGUUGAAACCCGACGCUUCCUCCGUCCUUGUUCUCGCGAUUCAGGCUUCGAUCAACGCGACCAAGGCGGCGACGACCACCGUCGAAAAAGUAGCCGCCGCCGAUUGCCAGGAGCUGUACGACGACGCCGUGACGAAUUUGGAAGACGCGGUUAACGCCGUCAAGUCACGUGACAUUGCCACCGUUAACACCAACUUGAGCGCAGCGAUGACGGAUUACACCACGUGUAAUGACGGUUUUGAGGAAUCAGGUGAGCCUAACCCGUUGGCUGACGUGGCCGAUCAGCUUACGAAGAUGGUUAGUAACUGUCUCGCAAUCUCGACGCUGAUCAAGUGAAAUACGACUGCGUUUUCAUGGGUCAUGUGAAUGAAAAACUGUUGUUACGUUUCUAUGGGGAUUAAAUGGGGUUUGAACAUGGUACUACGUCAUUUUCGAACAUCCGGACAUAUUUAUGAAGAGGUGAAGGUUUAGGCUUUAUUAUGAUAAACCCUAAGAUGAUACUUCUUGCACGUAUCUCCUCAUUGUUGUAUUGUCAU